AUGGUCACAGAUAAUGCUUAUCGUAACAGUGAGCUUUAUACGUUGCAGGAUGUGGCCACAGAAAUUUGCGAAGCAUCAAGUAAACAUUUAGGUCACAUUUGUGACAAUGAAGUCACGAUUGUUUCUAUAGCAGAUGCUAUUCAGGUUGAAGAAGGCAGGAUUUUCCGUGAUAAGGAUAUUUUAAAAUUGAGCCUAUCGUUUUUUGCCAUACGAAACAUGUUUGAGUUUAUGGUUGAACGAUCCGACAAGAAAGAAUAUGUGGUGAGGUGUUCUCAUGAAGGAUGUACUUGGAUAUGCCGAUCAAAAUGGGGUAAAACGAAUCUAUUUAAGAUUCGAAAGAUUGGUAGUCACACAUGUGCAUCAAAUGUGGUGUUGGGGUCACAUAGACAAGUAUCGGCUGCAGUUGUGUCAUCUAGCAUCAAGUACAAGUACACAUCGGCUGGCACCAUAUACACACCAAAGGACAUAUGCAGUGAUAUGCUACAUACGUUUGGAGUAUAUUUGAAUUACUCAAAAGCUUGGAGGUCCCGUGAACAAACAUUGAAGAUGAUUGGGGGUGAUCCGACGGAAUCAUUCGGUAGGAUACCAAGCUUCUUCUACAUGGUUCGACAAAGAAAUCCUGGUACGGUCACAGAGUUGGAGGUUGAUAGUCACAAUAGGUUCAAGUACUGUUUUAUGGCACUCAGUGCAUCAAUACAGGGGUGGCAACAUUGUAGGCCCGUAAUUGUCGUUGACGGUAUUUAUUUGAAUGGUCAUUACGGAGGUACCAUAUUCACAGCAUGUACACAGGAUGCAAAUAAUGGCAUAUUUGUUCUUGCCUUUGGAGUAGGGUAUAAUGAGAACGACAAAUCGUAG